GCCGAGGAGAGCGGCGGCCCCUGCGGUGGUAGAGCGGCGAGCGAGGCGGGGAUGGCGGCGCGGCUCGCUGCGCGCGGGGGGCCGGGGGCUGCCGGCCGGCGCCCAUGGCUGCUGCUCGCGCCGCUGCUGCUGGCUCCGCUGCUGGCGCGGCCCGCCGACGCCCUGGUGGAGGGGCUGUACUGUGGCACGCGCGACUGCUAUGAGGUGCUGGGCGUGAGCCGCUCGGCCAGCAAGGCGGAGAUCGCGCGGGCCUACCGCCAGCUGGCCCGGCGCUACCACCCCGACCGCUACCGGCCCGAGCCGGGCGACGGUCCCGGGGGCGCGCCGCCGAGCGCCGAAGCUUUCCUCCUGGUGGCUACCGCCUACGAGACGCUCAAGGAUGAAGAGACACGGAAAGAUUAUGACUACAUGCUGGAUCACCCAGAAGAAUACUAUAGCCAUUACUAUCACUACUACAGCAGGCGCCUAGCCCCGAAAGUGGAUGUGAGGGUGGUGAUUUUGGUCAGUGUGUGUGCCAUUUCAAUGUUUCAGUAUUUCAGCUGGUGGAAUAGCUACAAUAAAGCAAUCAGCUACCUUGCCACAGUGCCCAAAUACCGCAUCCAGGCAACAGAGAUCGCCAAGGAGCAAGGACUGCUCAAAAAAGCCAAAGAGAAAGGGAAAAAUAAGAAAUCCAAAGAAGAAAUCCGUGAUGAGGAGGAGAACAUAAUAAAGAACAUUAUAAAAAGUAAGAUAGACAUAAAGGGGGGCUACCAGAAACCCCAAGUGCGUGACCUCCUCCUGUUUCAAGCCCUCCUCGCCCCUUUUCACCUGUGCUCAUACAUAGCUUGGUACUGCCGGUGGGUCUAUAACUUUAACAUCAAAGGCAAAGAAUACGGGGAGGAGGAGAGACUCUACCUCAUUCGCAAGUCUAUGAAGAUGUCCCAGUCUCAGUUUGACAGCCUGGAGGACCAUCAGAAAGAAACGUUUCUUAAGCGGGAGCUUUGGAUAAAGGAGAAUUACGAGGUCUACAAGCAGGAACAAGAGGAAGAAUUAAAGAAAAAAUUGGCAAAUGACCCUCGGUGGAAGCGAUACCGGAGAUGGAUGAAGAAUGAAGGGCCUGGACGGUUGACAUUUGUGGAUGAUUAAAGAUUAAUGGAAUGCUGCUAUGUCCAACUUGAAUUGUGAUAUUGUUUUCAUAGCAGUUAUUUGAGAUUUGUCUGCUGCUCUCAGCAGUAAAGUUCGAGAGAUAUGAUUAAACAGAAUAAUGUAGAAAUUUCAAUUUCCCAUAAAACUUUCUACAGAAGACAUUUAUGAUGGUUCAAUUUUUAUAAUCUAUUUGUGAAUUUUGUUAAAAAAGAUUUGACAUGGGGAUUUAUUAGUUGCCACUUAAAAUUUUUAUAUGUUUAGUUAAAUUUGACAUGAAAUUUAUUAGAUAACAUUUAAAACUUCUGUGUGAAGUGUUUCUUCUUCAAGAGUGUUUCCUUAUGUUUUCAUAAUGCUACAUUUUUCUUCUUUCUUGGCCUCUGUUUUUAACAGAACAGCAACAAAAGCUACAACAGCACUUGAUCAUAUUAUUGUGUCUUUCUGGACACGCAUUUCUUCAGGAAAUCAUUCAGUGUCACGUUGUCCUUACUGUAGUCUUUACAGGUUUGAGUAUGUUCAAAGUAAUCUCUAGGAGAGUCUCGUAGAAUCUCUGCAAUUCCCUCCCAGUAAUUCUACUCUUGAUAAGAUCAGAAACUCUCCAAGAGAGUGGGUCACCGUCAUGUCCUUGUGGGAUGUGCCUGAUUACAGUCUCAUUAUAGGACUGUCUUCUCAAACAUUUCUGCAGAGGGGGCCUUGUGAAAAGGUCUUUUGUACUACCCUGCCGUCUUGCUGCUUGUUUCCUUCUUCCCUCCCUCCCUCUCUCCCUUCCUUCCUUCCCUCCUCCCUUCCUUCCCUCCUUCCUUCCUUUCUUCCUUCCUUCCUUCCUUCCCUUCCUUAAUUAUGAAUUACUUGUAUGGUGAAAAUGUAAUGUCCAUGAGGUCAUUUACAUGCGUUUAAACUAGAACGAAGAUAAGCAUGGCUAUGUGCCAUUCUCUCAACCGCUUGAGUAUAAAUGUUUUUUUUUUUAUAGAUAUAGAAGUGAAAGUAAAUGACAGAAUUGACUGAAUCAAACCUGAUACUAUAUCAAAGUAUCACAUAUGCUCAUAUGCAGUACUCCUGUUAAAGGUUUACCCCACUGCGUCAUAUUAAUAAAAUGGUUGUGAUAUAUCA